AUGAAUGAUCUUAUGACAAAAUCGUUUCUAAAUUAUGUGGAAUUGAAGAAACAAUCCCAGAUGGACCUCGAAGCCGAGAAGGACAUAGAAUUAGGCCAACUCAGCCCCACAGAUGAAGAGAACCUUUCUCAGUUCUUUCAAGAAGUCGAAGCAAUCAAGGCCGACAUGGAAGAGAUUACUAAUCUCCUUAUUGAUCUUCAAAAUCUGAAUGAAGAGACUAAAUCCACUCACAGUGCCAAAGUUCUUCGCGGCCUAAGGGAUCGUAUGGACUCAGACAUGGUUUCUGUUCUUCGAAAAGCCAAGAUUGUGAAGUCCAGACUCGAAGCACUGGAUAAAUCGAAUGUGGGUAACCGAAGAAUAUCAGUGGCCUAUUCCGAAGGCAGUGCAGUUGAUAGAGCAAGAGUUUUAAUUACCAAUGGGUUGAGGGCAAAGCUUCGGGACAUGAUGAAUAAUUUUCAGACUUUGAGAGAGAGAAUAUUAUCAGAUUACAAAGAGAGUUUGAGGAGAAGGUAUUACAACUCGACCGGGGCAGUCCCGAGUGAGGAAGUGAUUGAAACGAUGGUUUCAGGAAGUGGGAAAGUUGAGAUAUUUGAAGGGAGGACAGAACUGAACUUGGAGAAUAAGGAGAAGCAUGAGGCUGUGAUGGACAUUCAGAGGAGUUUGAAUAAGCUUCAUCAGGUUUUUCUUGAUAUGGCUGUUUUGGUUGAGAUACAAGGUGAACAGAUUGAUGAUAUUGAGCAUAAUGUGGUCAAUGCAGGAAGCUAUAUCAGUGGUGGCACUAACAGUCUUUUCUACGCUAAGCAGAUAAAGAAGAAGGGGAAGAAAUGGGCUUAUUGGGUGUGGGCUGUGGGGCUGAUCAUAUUGCUGGUGUGCUUCAUUGCAAUGUUAAAUUCUUAA